AUGGUGCAACGAUGUCGGCAUCAAGGUCGAAGUCAAAAGCAUGCUCGUUGCCUGUCAUGCUCGCCUCCAGCAACUUCACGGUCUACCCUUUUGAUCAACAGUUGAAAUGUCGUCGACUCCACCAUUGUCGCAGGCCACUGGCUAUGGCGUUAUCAUCGGCCUGGGCUUCCUUUUCGCCUUUGGAAUGAUGCUGACGACCUUUGUGCUCAAACGAUACAACAACGAACUCCAAACGUCAGAAGUCUUCAGCACUGCCGGUCGAACCGUCAAAUCCGGUCUCGUCGCUUCAGCAGUUGUUUCUUCUUGGACGUGGGCCGCGACUUUGCUGCAAUCGUCCAGCGUUGCUUACAACUAUGGUGUUUCUGGUCCUUUCUGGUAUGCGAGCGGUGCCACCGUCCAGGUCAUCCUAUUUGCUACACUGGCCAUCGAAUUGAAGCGCAAGGCUCCCAAUGCCCACACCUUCCUUGAAGCUAUUCGCGCUCGAUAUGGUGCUGUCACUCACGGCGUGUACAUCGUGUUUGGUCUCUUGACCAACAUUUUGGUAACUGCUAUGCUUCUGACCGGAGGCUCAGCUGUUGUCACAUCACUCACGGGAGUUCCAACAGCUGCGGCCUGUUUCCUCCUUCCCGUCGGUGUCGUACUUUACACUAUGUUUGGUGGUAUCAAGGCCACCUUUCUGACUGACUACGUACACACCGUGAUGAUCAUUAUAAUUCUGAUGAUCUUUGCAUUCACUGCUUACGCCACAAGCGAUCUCCUGGGCAGCCCGGGCGCCGUUUACGAUCUCUUGGUUGCUGCUGCAGAACGUCAUCCUGUUGAGGGCAAUGCUCAAGGAAGCUAUUUGACCAUGCAGUCAAAAGAGGGCGCCAUCUUUUUCGUCAUCAACAUCGUUGGCAACUUCGGCACUGUCUUUUGCGACAACGGUUACUACAACAAGGCCAUCGCCGCAUCGCCCGUUCACGCUCUGCCCGGCUACAUCUCUGGUGGACUCUCCUGGUUCGCAAUCCCAUGGCUCGCGGCUACCACAAUGGGUCUCGCUGCUAUCGCCCUCGAGACCAACCCGGCAUUUCCAACAUUCCCGGCCCGCAUGGCUGCUGCCGAUGUCUCGGCCGGUCUAGUGCUACCCAACGCCGCUGUGGCCAUGCUUGGAUCCGGUGGAGCUGCUGCCACUCUGCUCUUGAUCUUCAUGGCGGUGACAAGUGCCAUGUCCGCUGAGCUCAUUGCGGUCUCCUCAAUCUUCACCUACGAUAUCUACCAAUCAUACAUUAACCCUGCAGCCACUGGCAAGAAACUCAUCUACAUGUCCCACAUGAGUUGUGUCGUCUUUGCGAUCAUUAUGGCCGGCUUCAGCACUGGGCUCUACUACAUUGGAAUCUCCAUGGGAUAUCUCUACUUGAUGAUGGGAGUCAUCAUCAGUGGAGCCGUGUUGCCAGCUUCGUUGACGCUGCUGUGGUCCCGACAGUCUUGGGCUGCGGCAACAUUCACACCACCGCUCGCUCUUGUCUGUUCCUUGAUCGCAUGGCUGGUGACCGCCAAGCGUGAAUUUGGGGAACUCUCUGUCAUUGCGACAGGAUCGAACAACCCUAUGUUGGCAGGAAAUGUAGUUGCCCUCCUUACUCCUCUCGUCUUCUCGCCCUUGCUAUCAUUUGUCUUCAAAACUCCCCAGUACGACUGGCAGACCAUGCACGAGAUCCGAAAAGGCGAUGACUCGGACCUUGCCGCUGCCGCGCAUAUGGACCCGGAGUCGAUUCCUGGAAGCGAGCACGCAGUCUCUCCUGCUCAACGCCAAGCAGCUGAAGAGGAAGAGCAACGCAAGCUUUCGCGCGCCGCCAAAAUCGCCCGAACGCUCACCAUUGUCCUCACGCUUGCCUUGCUCGUACUCUGGCCUAUGCCGCUCUACGGCUCCGGAUACGUCUUUUCGAAAUCAUUCUUCACAGGUUGGGUGACUGUGGGCAUCAUCUGGUUGUUUGGUACUGCGCUGGCUGUGGGCGUGUAUCCCGUCUGGGAGGGACGACGGACAAGCGUGCGUACGAUCAAGGCAAUUUUCAAGGAUUUGACGGGUGGUCAGGGCCGAGUUACACAUGGCCGUGCUACCGUGUUGGACACUGAGGGCGAGAAGCCUGGGGUGAUGAAUGACAAGAAAGGGUCGAUCACUCCUCCAGAGGUCGAGGUUGCUGUCAGCAGAUGAGAUAUGAGAAGGUUGAGAGCGAUGCUGCGUCAUUUUCCAACCACUGCUGGAUUCACGGCACGCAUUCUUGAUUAUUUGCUCAGAUAGGAAUCGAUAUGAGGUUUGGAAGACACAAGAGCUC